AUGAAGAAAGUAAUCUCAACACCGUCUACUUUCUCAACACCAGCUAUCUUUUUCAUUCUGGCUAUGACUCUACUAUUACUAGAUGGAUCACUGGGAGACCCAAGAUCUCAGACGGUUCAGAUCAUGUGUGGGAAUCAACUUGAGCACAAUUCAACCAUCUAUGUGCCAAACUUUGUUGCGACAAUGGAAAACAUCAGUGAACAGAUGCGGACUUCUGGUUUUGGAGUAGCAGUUACAGGUUCAGGACUCGAUACUAAUUAUGGACUCGCUCAGUGCUAUGGCGAUCUUUCUUUACUUGAUUGUGUAUUGUGCUAUGCUGAGGCACGCACUGUUCUUCCUCAAUGCUUCCCUGUCAAUGGGGGUCGCAUUUACCUCGAUGGUUGCUUUAUGCGAGCUGAGAAUUACAGCUUUUUUGAGGAAUAUACAGGGCCAGGAGACAGGGUCUUGUGUGGGAAUACAACCCAAAAGAGUUCCACAUUUCAAGAGUCAGCAAGGCAGGCUGUGUUGCAAGCAGUUUCAGAUGCACCAAACAAUAAUAACUAUGCUAGGUCUCAGGUGGCUGUGUCGGGGGCUGUAAAUGAGUCAGCUUAUGUUCUAGCUGAUUGCUGGAUGACACUGAAUGCAAGUGCUUGCAGAACAUGUUUGGAGAAUGCAUCUAGUUCAAUAUUGAGAUGCUUGCCUUGGUCUGAGGGGCGGGCAUUGAACACCGGGUGCUUCAUGAGAUACUCUGAAACCAAUUUCCUUAAUCCUGUUCCUGGCAAUGGAAGUUCAAGAGGGAAAAUCAUAGUGAUUGUAGUUGCUGCUGUUAGUUCUGUGGUCGUUUUGGUAGUUGGGGCAGUUCUUGGAGUUUAUAUCUGGAAGCAGAAGAAGAUACAGAGGAAAAGAAGAUGCCAUUUGGGUUCAAACGACGCAGAGAAAUUGGCGAAGACCCUUCAUGACAGUAGCUUGAACUUCAAGUACUCCAUACUUGAGAAAGCCACAGGGUCUUUUGAUGAGACCAACAAGCUUGGGCAUGGAGGGUUUGGAACAGUUUAUAAG